AUCCCAGUAUUCGAUACAAUUUCUUCAACCUGGUCGACUGAACAAGCGGAAUUUGGAUCAGCUUUUAUUCAACCUCGAGCAGGCCAUACGGCCAAUUUGGCACCAGACAAUUUGUCAAUUAUCAUAAUUGGCGGCACUUCGAGUUAUGUACGGAAUGAAACCACUGCAAAACCCGUUAUGGUUUUGUUAGAUAUUUCAAAAAAACCUUAUAUAUAUUCUGAAUUAAUUGUCCCGGGCGCUUCGGGCGUUAAAGCACCACCAUUGGCCUAUCAUUCC